GAAAUUGCAAUUCACUCACUAAAUAACUGACUCAAAGUGACUGAUGCGUCAUCUUCUAUGCCAAAAGCUUCGAGCAGCAGAGAGCAGACACACAAGCACAUGGUAUUAGAGACAAAGGAGAUAAUUAUAUAGCGGAGGUGCGAUGGCUGGUUCGGAUCAGGAACAGAAGCGGGCAGGCGACAACACGAACCCCUAUCAUCUGCUGAGGGGACGUUGCCCGGACGACAAGUGCAAGACGUUGCUGUUCUUUCCUGCGCACGAGGCGAGCGUGGAAUGCACCGAGUGCGGACAGAGGCACCAGCAGCGCGCCCUGGUGGACGUGGAGGAGGUGACCAAUCGGUGCGUGGCUGUGCACAACGUGCUGAGGAACGCGCUGCUGGUGGGAGCGCGCGCCCGUCGCCGUGACGACGCCGUCCGCGUUCUCGGCCUCUCCAACGACUACUGCAAGCUGCUCUCGCCACUGCUCACAGAGUACGGGAUGGACCGGACGACGAAGCGGGCGCGGCCGCUGCGAGAGAUGGCGCCACCGUCGGCGGCGGGGGGCAGCGGAGCGGCGGAGACGUUCGAUUGUUCGAAGCUCGGCGAUCGCGCGUUCCUGUUGAAUCCGGAACAUUUGGACGUGCGUGGCUACGGCCGUGACGUAUCUGGCAGCCAACGCUACCUACAGGCAACACUAGACGUCGUACGGAAAUUCAACCGCGGCGACGACGACGCUGGCAAGGACGGUGGCGCCCCCGACGGCGGGGAGGAGAACCUGGUUCCCGUGUAUGCGUCAGGCGAUGGGCAUUGUCUCGUUCACGCGGUGUCGCGCGCGCUCGUGGGGCGGGAGCUGUUCUGGCAUGCGCUGCGCAUGAGUCUGAAACGACACUUCACCGAGAAGCUGGGCAUUUAUCGCGAGCAGUUCAGAGACUUCAUCAGCGGGGCGGAGUGGAGCGACAUCAUCGCCGAAUGCGACCCGUUCUUCCAGCCACCAGAUGGCGAGCCUCUCGGCCUGCGCACCGCGCACAUAUUCGGACUCGCCAACGUGCUCCAUCGACCAAUCAUAUUGCUUGACAGUCUCGAGGGAAUGCAGAGUCUCGGCGAGCACUCGGGCGUGUUUCUGCCGGGACUGCUGGAGCCAGAGGAGUGUCGUACGCGCGGUGUCAUGAACAAACCGAUCUGCAUUGCGUGGAGCUCCAGCGCUCGCAACCACUUCAUAUCCCUAGUAGGAGUGAAAGGUAGGAGCUUGCCGCGCCUGCCCAGGUGGGUGAUCAGUAAGACGUGGGGAAUGCCCAGCUCAAGCAUAGACUCCUACGUGGAGUUUGACUCUGACCAGUGCUGCACCAUAGGAGGCGACCGCUCACUAUCGGUGAGUGCGUUUGGCAGCGAGGUUCUUGUGCAGAAGGUUGCCAACCAACUGCUGGCUUACACGGCGAAUCCCGAGCCAAGGUCGCGCGACGACGAAGGUCACGAAGGUCGCCCGUCGCCGUACGUCGAUAACGUGCCGUCGAAGAUUAUCAUGAAGGGCCACAAGACGUUUCACAAGGAGGAGCUAGGAGUGAGCGAGACAGAGCGCACGAUCAGGGCGCGCAUUGAGCGGAGAGCCGUCGAGACGCAGAGUCGAGCGAGCGGCGGCGGCCAUGCUGCGACGCCGACGGCGAGCACGAAGAAACGCACGGAUCCCGCCGCCGCGGCUCCUGCGCAUACUGCCCACCAGUUGCCAACCCAAGUGCCAAAGAAAGAGGAGGUAGGCAAGAGUAACGUGGGGCAGGCAAGCAAGCCUAGGACCGUUAAGAAGAUUCGUGUGUCCACGAUGGAUAGCAGACAGGUCACCUUGAACCUGACCUUGACUACGACCUUCGCGCAGCUGCAGCAGCAGAUCGCCGACGCGCUGGGCAUCCCCCGGGAGAGGCAGCUGAUCCGGUGUGGCUACCCUCUCAAGGAGCUUCGCGUGGAGGAAGGGAGGGAGAACGAACCGGUCGCGCUCGAACAUGGGGAGAAGCUGUCCGUGACGAUGAGGCCAGAUCCUUCAAAAGACAUGGCCGCCGUUGCCAUGGCGCAGGGGCCGCAGGUGGAGGCAGCGGUGGAGAGGCAGAAGGCAGUAUGGAGUAACUUCAAGGCAGACAUACACGACCAGUCGGACGACGAGUUCCUCAAGGGGUUAGACCAACAGAAGGAGAGUGAGUUAUCUGCAGCAGCAGCAGCAGCAGCAGCAGCGCCGCCGCCUGCAGCCUCUAACACGCCUUCUUCUUCACUAGAUGAGAUAGCAGCGGCGUUGAAGACGAGCGCACAUAACGUGCAGCACGAUCCGUCCGUGUUCACUGUUCCCUUCAACCAUCCAGGCAGCAGCCACCACCACCACGCCGCCGCUGUUGCCCCCGUAGCCUUCUCCGGCCAGGGUCACAGCCUGCAAGAGUUAAAUGCAACCAUGAAGCUCAAAAGUCAGUUCGAUCUUGAGGACACUGGGGCAUAA